AUGGCCUCCUACCUUCAGAAUUAUGAAUUCUGUCAUCGCUCAGGCUUCACCUUUGACCUAUACUCGGCUAAUCACUCUUCUUUUGUAGUUUUGAAGGGUUUUUUUGGUUGCUUUAGGGUUUUGAUUGUAGCUAUAAAUGAUAUAGAUUUCAUAAACCAAUGGGAACUCCUCGCCCCUACCACAGAAGUUUUCGAUUGUAGCUAUUGUAUUAUUCUACUGGUUAUACCAUAUUCACAAAACCAAUUCGUUGGUCUUAUUGGAAAAAAGCCAUGGGAUUGA